UCGAUGGAUACAAACCGAGGAAAAGCAACGAGGCGUCGCGCUCUGCACUUAUGAUGUCGUCAAUAAUGAUAAUCCUACUCAUACGUAGAGACACAAUGCUACACAAGAGGCAACAUCGGUGGCGUACUAGCUCUCCAAUAUUAUAAGGAGGUACUAUAACACUGAUCGGCCUCACAGAUAGACACCUACCGCUAUAUACGAGGCUCCAUGCCAUGACAUUGCUAUUCCUACGUAGUUUCGAAUAAAAAAUAAUCCUACGCUUAUGAAGAUGUCAACUACAUGUGUCAAGCAUAAUCCUGCGUGCCUUAUGCUACCAGAACUCCCUACUCAAAUUGUCCCGAACUUGUUAGUUGUACUCAUUAGUUCUACUAGAAGAACAGAAGCUAAUUUGUAGAGCCGGGAGGUGAAAGACAUGAUUGAUGAAGCGAAGUAUAGGGAAAACAUCUGUUGAGUGGGGAAAAAUUCUUACAGGAGUGAGUACUACGGGGGAAAAUUCUUACAAGGAGUGGGGCGUCGAGUAUCUAUGGCCGCAGCCUUACAGUCAAGAGUGAGCAACAGAUCUGGAAACGUAAUAAACUGUUCGGGGAUCAUACUUUUCUAAGAAUAGAGCUGUUUCUGCUGGGGCGCGAUAUUGGUCCGCGGCUCCGACGAUCCUUCCGGUACAUCGUAGAUGAAGUUGACACUGUGCUUUAUCCUGUUCGCCAGUUGAACAUGCCACUAGUUAAGGUGAACUACAGGUCACUAGUUGAUUGGAUUCUUCCUUUAUAUGAGGAUGAGGCUUAGGUCCAGCGACGCUCAAAGCACAUAAGUAAAGCAACCGGCUUGCUUUCCCUCUGCGUCAUAGGCUUCUCCCUUCAUGCAGUCAAGUACUACUACUAGAACAGUACAGGGCCACUAGUACGAGAAAUUGCAUCAAGUGGAGCACUAUCUACUACGCACUGUAUCAAGUAUGAUCUUGAGCAGGCCACUAGCUAAGCUUAAGUCCAUCACAUACUUACUUUGAACUCAGGAGAGGUUGUCAUGGUCUCCAAGAGUGACAGGCUUGCCAGGAACAUCUUACUCGGCCAGGAACAUCUUACUCUAGUAGUCCCUAACUGAAUAUGAUACUUCUAAACUAGGAGACACGGAGCCAUUGGAAACUGUCGCGCUGCAAACGACCGUCUCGCUGUACGUCCAGAUGGUCAAAUAUAUGCAGCAGGUGGCACCAAAUAUCGCGAAGGAGAAACUAAAGUCUGUGGCUGAGGUGUCGAAGGAGGACAUCCCUAAAUUGUUCGUCACGGGUGAAACUUACGGCAAGGAACUAGAAAAUGCGUCGGAAAUACGAGAUGAAGACAAGAACGCAAUACUAUCUCUUCUUGCGUCUUACUCAUUAUAAUAGGCAGGAGCCAUUUAACUACUCACUAUUUUUCCCUUCAACACUCAGGAAUAUCCCCUUCAACUCGGUAUCUCCCUCAACGCAGUGUCCCUUUGGAACGCAAUAUUCCCUUCAUCAGCUCAGUACUUCCUUGCAACUCGGAAGUAUCCCCUUCAUCAGCUAAGUACUCCCUUGCAAGUCCAUACUCAAAAUUGUUAUUUUUUUAUCUAGGUGACCAACAGGCCCGAGAACAUCAAACUGGGGCAUCUAGGACAACUCAAAAAUCAUAUAUGAACACGCUGAGAGGCCCAAGGGGAGGAAGGCGCCAAGUUUUGAGGCCUUCCACCACUAGAAUCCGGGAAAAAUCCGCGCGGAAAAGCGCGCGGGCGCGCCACCACAGACCAGACCACAGGGGGGGGGCCGUUCGGCCCUGAGUCAUAUAUACAUAUCUACUCAAUUGCCCGCUUUUCAUCUAGUAGGCGCGUCUCAACCUGUACAUCCACUUCAAGCACAAGGCUAAUAAUGAAGCUUGCAUUUAUUAUUAUUUUUUCAUCUAGUAGGCUAUCUAGAAAGUUGACACACGUAGGAAAGUCGCGGAGAGCUUUGACACGGCUCUAACAGAAGCAUCGCAUCUCCCCAGAGGAUUUUGACAAAGAGAUUGCGCCCUACCUGGCGCGCAGCGUCUGUGCAACGGCUGUCACGAUACAUCACCACAACUACAGGUACUACAAACACUAGGCAGCUGUAGAUUGACAAUAUCACUUGCUGGAGCCGGACUAGAAGGUUAGUAGAGCUGGUGUAGACUAGUCAAAGUCCUACACUCAUCCAUACAUAGAAUACAAAUACUAGGAGUGUGCAACAACAAAAUACUAGGACUGCGGAGGCGUGUAAAGA